CCCCACUUGAUGCGUGGGCGCAGCGGUUCGUGACGUUCGCGGCAAUUCAAACAAUCACAAAGACGCAAACAGGGAAAUGGCCAACAUGGAAGUGCAAGAUAGCGAUAAAAGUCACACUUUUGUGACUAACGAUGACUGCUUCAACCAGGCAACACUUGUCGCCUCUCAGUGGAUUCUAGACUUCCUUUUUGUAAGUUUGUGUCGUCGUUUUAAGGAAGGAAACCACGAGGCGUUAAAAGACGCCAUUUCUACUUACAAGUGCUUUUCUCGGCAGGUCUCGCUUACAGGAGAAAUGUCAGACGAGAAAAGUAGAAUCUGUGACUUUCUCGCUGGAGUCAUGCAGGGAAAGAAGAUGGACGCACACGUUGAAGAUGACGACAAUGUGAUGCCGCUCGUAUCUGCGACCAAAGUGUGGCUUGAACUCAAAGACGCCGUGGGAGACGACAGUUUAUUUGAAAACAUCGCCGUUCUCCUGAUGAUUCAGACUGUAGCUGUGUGCUUGGAAAAAGGUAAAAAAACAUCAGCGAACUGCGCUCUCAAGUGGUUUGAUGAAUAUGCUGAAAUCCCGGAGAAACUGGUAGCCAAACUUUCCGCCAUAGUUGCACAGAUGGACACCUACCAUCCAUUCUUCACCAGUUUCAGCUUCAGUCGACUACUGGAGUCUGUGCAGUCAUAUUUGGACACCUACCUGGCCAAGAAUUCGUCUGGCUAUCUUUUUAAGGAAGCCAUAAAGACAAUCCAGAGUGGGGCUGCUAAGGACGCCAUGGCAACAGAGGUCAAAGCUCCCUCAAAGAAGAACACCUCAGAGCAGGAAAAGACAAACGGAACAAAGCACCAUCUUCAGUUCGCCCUCAAGACGCCGCGCGUUUGCCUUCCAAAUAUAUCAGUGCAAGAACUACUGUCCAUAAAAUUGGUGUCCACGAGCAAGGAGGACAAAAGCAUGGACUCUAUGGAGGACACGCUGCUCUUACAGAAGGACAAAGUCCGGACAAAACGCAAACUUUUCUCCACUAAAGCAAGUGUGUGGGACGCAGAUCCUAAAAAGUGCGUCAAACCAUUGGUGGUGAAAGAAACAAACACUUCGUUUACAAGUAAGGCAAAGAAACAGAAAUGGACCACCGAGCUGGACAAGAAACUCAAAGAUGGCGUCAUGCGUCACGGCAGUGGAAAGUGGGCUCAGAUCUUGUUGGACGACGACUUUAAGGGCCGCACGGGCACCAUGCUGAAGGACCGUUGGAGGGUUCUAGUAAAGGCCCAUGAAGUUGACUGA